UGAUUGGAGAGCGAAAAUAGGAUGCUGUGCGCGCGUACAGUGAGCCCCCAUUCUCAAAUGAGAGUGCGCGCGGCCGUCUCGAGGAGGCGUGCGCGCGCUUGAGGGGCUGCGGUCCCAUUGACUAUUCCGUCGCCCUGACAGCGGCAGCAUCAGCAGCAGCAGCGCGAGCUCGGAAAACAGAGCGCCGCGCGGACUCCGCCUUUGCUCCCAUCAUCCCACCCGAGAGCCCGAGCUCCGAGGCGGCUUCAUCAACAAGCGCAAGACCCCCCUCGUCGACUCGCACAUAUCCCGCGGAUCAGAUAUGGACUACCCUUAACUGGACCUGGAGGGGAGAGGCAGGCGGGCGGGCGGGGGGUGGGGGGAGAGAAACAGGAGAAAAAGCCGUAUAGGAAGAGAAGCACAACCGUGGGUGCCUGCCGCAACGAUGAACGGUUCGCCACGCUCGCGACAACCGCAGAUAAGCCAUCGGACUAUGUCCUGAAUAGCGGUUUACAUAGCUGGGAUUGUGCACCGAUCAUACAGGGGUAAAAUAUGUCCGCCUCGGUGGGGCCCCGCGGUGGCCCUCGCCCACCCACAAAGCAGAUCUCCAUGCCCGAACUACCGGACCUCAGUCACCUCACCGAGGAGGAGAGGAAAAUUAUCAUGGCUGUGAUGGUUCGGCAGAGGGAGGAAGAGGAGAAGGAUGAGGCCAUGCUCAAAGAGGAGAAGCCCAUACAAGCAAAAACAGUGAACCUGGUCGGGAACAAGAAACCACCUCAGCAGAACGACAUCAGUUUGCACCAGCAAGUUGCCAACUACAAAGAGCAGGUGAGGCGGAUUGGGCCGGAGCCCCCCCAACAGAGGCAGCAGGGCCAACACAAGGAUGACGCCCCCACCUGUGGCAUCUGCCACAAGACCAAGUUUGCUGAUGGCUGCGGAAACCUGUGCUCCUACUGCCAGACUAAGUUCUGCGCCCGGUGCGGGGGAAGGGUCUCUCUGCGUUCCAAUAACAAGGAGGACAAAGUGGUAAUGUGGGUAUGUAACCAGUGCCGAAGGCAACAGGAUAUACUCACUAAAUCAGGGGAAUGGUUUCCCAGCCAUGGGCCCAAGCCUGGAGAGCUGGGGUCAGCUGUGAGUGAACCAGCCAUGUGUGGAGACCCCGUUGGAGAGAAGAAGUUGCGCUCUAGGUCUCAGAACCCUCUUAACUCCUCCGUUUCUACUGCCCAUGACACCCAGCCACCUGCCCCAACCGACCCCAGAAAAGGCUCCUCUACAGGGUCAGCUGACACGCCGUCAUCGCGCUCACGCAGUGAGCCUCCACAAGAUAGAAAAAAGCAACCAGCAGCCUCUGAUCAGAAUGGCAAGCCAGGGCCAAGAGGAGAGAGGCGGCGAGGGCUAUCUAAAAUCCAGUCCCAGGGUUCCGAAGAGCGAGAUUCUGGAGAAAAUCGGAGAGAAAGUCGAAGACUGAUGAAGACUCGCUCUCAGGAGCACGACAGUCCUGAGACUAGAAGGACUGAGGGAGAGCAGAAACCACCCAGGGAACAGUGCAGGACUGACCCAAAUGCUCCACAUCAUCCGGCCAAACUCCGGCCGGCGGAGCCUGAUGGACGAAUGCAGCCUAAGGUGAGGGAAGCAGGAGAGAUGGUGCAGGACAACAGAGGUGCACGGAGAUGGGCAGAUGGGCGGCAGACCUCGCUGGAGGGGCAGCAGCAGGCCUACGUGCCAGAGAGGACCGCGGGGGGUACAGGUUUGCAGGGUGCACCGGCUGUGCAGGGUCCUCCCGCUAAAACGAACCACACCCCACAGCCGCCAGCUCCGGGGUUCAGGGUGGGUCCUGCCAUGCCCGCAGGCCCCCCUGAACUUAGAGAGCCUCAGGAAUGGGACAGGAAGUUGCAGCCAAGCCACCUGGACCCUGGCUCGGCUGCACUACUGCGCAAAUCGAAACGACAAAAAGCAGAGAGUAUGCUGCGCAACGAUUCGCUCAGCUCUGACCAAUCGGAGUCUCUACGACCGCCCCCGCCCCGUCCGUACAAGAGCAAACGGGGCGGCAACAAGAGACAGAUGUCCGUCAGCAGCUCGGAGGAAGAGGCCGGUUCGACACCGGAGUACACCAGCUGUGAAGAUGUGGAGAUCGAGAGCGUCAGCGAGAGAGGGGACUGGGAGUGCUGUCCACUGGACCCCACCGCAUGGCAUCAUCCGGUUACAUGGCAGCCCUCCAAGGAAGGUGAUCAUUUAAUUGGCCGAAUCACUUUGAGCAAGCGAACAGCCAUGCCAAAAGAGGCUGGGGCUCUGCUGGGGCUAAAGGUGGUCGGGGGGAAGAUUACUGAAACUGGGAGACUUGGGGCCUUUAUCACCAAAGUCAAGAAAGGAAGUCUAGCUGAUGUGGUGGGUCAUCUACGGGCCGGUGAUGAAGUGCUUCAGUGGAAUGGUAAAUCAUUACCAGGAUUAACCAAGAAAGAAGUUUACAAUAUCAUCUUGAAUUCUCAAACAGAACCAAAAGUUGAAUUAGUAGUAUCAAGGCCAAUUGGUGAUAUACCACGAAUACCAGAAACAUCACAUCCUCCAUUAGAAUCUACAGGUUCAAGUUCUUUUGAAUCACAGAAGAUGGAAAGACCCUCUAUAUCUGUCCUGUCCCCAUCGAGCCCAAGUGGUCUUAGAGAUGCCCCUCAGCUACUGCCUGGACAGCUGUCGGUUAAAAUGUGGUAUGAUAAGGUUGGCCAUCAGCUGAUAGUGAACGUAUUGCAGGCUAUAGACCUGCCGCCCAGAUCGGAUGGACGACCCAGAAACCCAUAUGUCAAAAUGUAUUUCCUGCCUGAUAGAAGUGAUAAAAGCAAGAGAAGGACAAAAACGGUCAAGAAAAGUCUAGAACCCAAGUGGAACCAGACGUUUGUGUACUCUCAUGUCCAUCGUCGGGAUUUCAGGGAGCACAUGCUGGAGAUUACAGUGUGGGACCAACCCAGAAUACAAGAGGAGGAGAGUGACUUUCUGGGAGAGAUCCUGAUCGAGCUGGAGACUGCCCUGCUAGAUGACAAGCCUCACUGGUACAAGCUGCAGACACAUGACGUCUCUUCCAUCCCACUGCCGCACCCAUCGCCAUACCUGCCCCGCAGACACGGCCACACAGAAACACCCACCAAAAAGCUGCAGCGCUCGCAGCGUAUUACAGAAACUGAUUAUGAUGAUGCUAUUGGCAUAGUCGCCACAGCUACAGAAAACCGAUCAAGAGAAAGAGAAAGGGACAGAGACAGAGACCGAGCGACGACUUUAGAGGUUCCUGAUCAGCAGAGGCCAACUCAGUAUCGCUCACGGUCCGUGUCUCCACACAGAGACGAAGAAAGCAGGGGGCGGUCCCGCCCUCCCAACGUCCCCGCACAGAGGAGUCUGGAUGAGGUUCAACACACCCGGCGAUCCCGUUCCCCAACACGCUACCACGAUCGCGCCCGUGUACAAGAGAGAGAUUACGUAGACGACAGAAGUGAGGUCAUCUUGAUACACAGAUCAAUGCGGGGUAGAAGCGCAGAGUGUCUGCACACCCAAAGGAGUUCAUCUAAGUACAGUAGCACUCUGCCUCCUAAGAUGCCUUUAUUAGUCAAUGGAAUUCAUAAGGAAAUGUACAGCUCAACACUUCCUGCAUGCCUUAAGUCAAAGUCACGGCUGUCUGUAGUCACUGCCACUCAACGUCGAGUUCUUAGGUUCACAGACAAGAUCACCAUUAGUGAUCUACAGCCCUCUCUUGACAGGGUUAGAAGUGCUAGUACCAACUGUCUGAGACCAGGUUCUAAUUCCAAUUCACCUGAACGAGACAGGAGCACCCAGUCUCUGCCCCGUACCAGACCCACGAGCCCCAGGAUCCUAAUUCAGCAUGCCUCCCCAGAAGACGACAGCUGGGUUUUGGAGGCUAUGUUCCCCGCUCAGGAGACAGUACACCACCUCAGUGCAAAGCCAGACGCACAGAGGCAGUCGAGAACUCUGGACAAGCCUAGCUGUCAGAAACUUGGCAAGAAAAUAUCUGACAGCGAGCGGGUGCAGCCCCACUCCCGCCCCACAUUCUCCUCAUCAACAGCGGACUCUUCUUCGACACGAAAGGUCAGACAGCUUCCCCAAGUUCCCGCUAAAAGCAGCAGUGUAGAGCAAGCUCUUGCCUCAGAGGAGCGAACGCGGCAAAUGAAAGUACGCACCUUCCGAACAUCAGCUCCCUCCAGUACCAGCCAGGAUCUGGAGAGGGCGCUCAAGAAUAAACGAGAGCUUUAUAAGGAGCAGCGACGGAGCUGUGACAAUGUGUCCCAUAAGUCCUCAGACAGUGAUGUCAGUGACGUGUCAGCCAUCUCUCGCGCCAGCAGUGCCUCGCGGAUCAGUAGCACCAGCUACAUGUCCAUUCAAUCAGAACGACCCAGGGGUCGCAUUAGCCGUCAUAUUCAUCCAUCCAGCCGCAGCAUGUUGAAGAGUACGAGUGUUAGUGGGGAAAUCUACACUCUGGAGCGUACGGAUGGCAGCCAGUCAGACACCGCUCUGGGAACACUGGGAGGAGGCGGGAAAAAGCGCAGAUCCAGCCUUAGCGCCCGUGUAGUCGCCAUUGUGGGCAUUCCCUCACGCCGCAGCAGAAGCACCUCUCAGCUCAGUCAGACAGCAGCCAACAAGAAAGCAAAGGGAUCCAGUCAGAUCCAGCGCAGUCAGGAGACAGGAAUGGCAGUGGAGUAUCCCCGUAACGCCAUGGCCCGCCAAGCCAGCCGAGAGUCCACUGAUGGCAGCAUGAACAGCUAUAGCUCUGAGGGCAAUCUGAUCUUCUCAGGGAUGAGGUUAGGGGCUGACAGCCAGUUCAGUGAUUUCCUAGAUGGUCUUGGCCCUGCUCAGUUGGUGGGUAGACAAACGCUUGCCACACCCGCUAUGGGAGAUGUUCAGAUAGGACUGAUGGAUAAGAAAGGGCAUCUGGAGGUGGAGGUUAUCAGGGCCCGUGGUCUUACACCUAAACCAGGUUCCAAAUCGCUGCCGGCUCCUUACGUCAAGGUCUAUUUGCUGGAAAACGGUGCGUGCAAAGCCAAAAAGAAAACUAAGAUUGCUCGAAAGACGCUCGAUCCUUUGUAUCAGCAAUCGCUGUUGUUCGAGGAAAGUCCGCAGGGUAAAGUUCUCCAGGUAAUAGUCUGGGGAGAUUACGGCCGCAUGGACCACAAAUGUUUCAUGGGGGUCGCACAGAUUCUUUUAGAGGAGCUGGAUCUUUCUAGUACAGUGAUCGGUUGGUACAAACUGUUUCCCCCAUCAUCAUUGGUCGACCCGACCUUAGCUCCUCUCACUCGUCGCGCUUCCCAGUCAUCGCUGGACUCUUCAGGGCCACCGGGCAUCAUCAGGUCCUAGUGAAUGGACAGGAGCGAGAUGCAAAACAAAACACGCGACCCAGUGGACCAAGGACCCGAGGCAACAAUCAGAACCAGAGCGGAAGAUAAAGAGACAGAUGGACAGAAUCAUGAUCAAAGCUUUGCUGAAGCCUGACAAUCACUUCUCUCUUUUACUUUUGAUCUUUGGGUUGUAGAGAUUUCCUUUGAUCCACUCUGCUCCUUUACUGCAUGUUUUGUUGCUGAGAUGACGAUUCGACUCAUAUAAAAAGAAAGAAGGGAUAGGCGCCCGAAACGCGACCCCGCUUCGUUUGACAGGAAGCAGAGCCCACAGUGGUUCCGGUAGCCUAGAUCGUUCUGGUCAGUCAGCGUAUUUUUCUUCUCACACGUGUAUGCGUUUCAGAGUUGGCGAGAGUGAGAGGACAGCACUGCCCCUCCUCUAUAUUGCACUUACAGGAAGUCCCUCUGCUGAAAGACCAGAGGUCGAGGGUUAAAGGUCAAGAUUUAGUCUUCUCAGAGAGUUUCCUCUCUGCAUCACGGAUGCUGCAUCCGAGGCCCCGCCGUGUGCCGGUCUGGCACGAACUCAGACUCAGAUUGUGUGACUGCGGUGUGUGUGUGUGUGUGUGUGUGUGUGUGUGUGUGAGAGAGCGUGCGUUUGCGUCUAAUAAGGCAGGGACGCCUGAGAACCUUUUAAGUCUGUUUACAGCAGUCGCCACCGACUGCUUUGCCUUUUCACGUUACUGUUGAUUUGGUAAAUAGGCACACUUUGUAGAAUGUGAAAACAUGCUUCAUGUUUUCUGACAUUUGUGUCAUAUGAGCUUCAUGGAAGACACAAAACCAAUUGUAUUUGAUUCACUGGGACUGUAAGAAGCUGCCACUAUCAUUUAGGUUUCUUCAAUACUAACAGGAAACUCCGGAAACGGUCACUACAUGCAUUAGCUCACUAACACGUUCGACUUUGCAGAGUUCUUGCUAUCACAAAACAUAUCGUACUGGCAUUUCAGAGCAUUUUGAAUUCUAUUCCGUUUGGUAAAGGACCUGUACAUACCGAUAUUAGAAUUUCUACCCGACUAGAGUUUACAUUAUUUUAAUGCAAGCACAAUUGCUUGAUUUUUGAACAAAAAAAAGAGAAAAGUUUAAGCUUUGGGGAAUUGAUAAUAAUAAUGGGAAAAAAAAAAAGAAAUCAGAAGAGGCCAAAAUCGUAAGCUUCCUAUUUUUAGCUGUUUGUCAUCAGUUUUCGGUUUAGUUUAUUAUAAAACGAAUCUCAUGGAUCCCCCCUGAGCAUUUUGAAUGUGACAGUGAGACGUGGUCUCUGAAGAAGACCGCUCGCCACCAACACGGGGAACAGCAUGAAUCUGGAACUGUUCCAAGUUGCAUGCACAUUUUGUAAAACAAGACAGAUGAGAAAAAAAGAGACUACAAUAAGUGUGUGUUAGUUCCACAAACUGUAGGCCAGCUUGUAUGUUGCAUGUACUUGUACAGUUUGCUUGUACUUGAUAUAAAUAGAUUAUCAAAUAAAACGAAGCCAUUCAUUCCAUGUGUGGGCAUUUGGCCGGGUUCAGCCAUACACACAGGCCUUAUUUUGGGGCUGAAUGUCUAUAAGAAUUUUUAAAUUGUUUUAGUUCCCUUCUUUUUUUAAUCCCCUUUUUUUCUGUACCCUGGAUGGAUAAUAAGUGCUGUACUGUACAGUAGUACUCAGCAAACUCAAGGCCCUGUUUUAUUGAAGAUGUUGGUGUUCACUGUAGUCUGUACUACUGUGGGGCUAAAACUGAGGUAGAAAACCUGUAUAAAAACUAGAGCUAUAUGUAUAUGGAAUAUAAUUAUGAAAAUCACAAUGACUUAGAGAUAUAUCGAUAUUGAAACAGAGUGUAUCAAGUAAACAUCACUUACGUACAUGCAUAUAUUGUAAAUAUGAGUCUGCAAAGAAGUUUACUUAUAUUUACAAAGCGGCCCCAUUCAAGUUAAUGGAUCAGUGCUCUGUCUCUUGGUUCUGCUGAGCGGAAGAAGGGAUGCCUCCAAAGUUUUAUUUUAGUGAUGCCCAAUCUGACGAGAGAAAUUUGGACCUCUACCACCCUGUUGCUUCAUCAUAAAUGCUCAUGAAUCCUCGUUUCAUUGAGAAGUUUACUUUAUAUGCCUGGUUUUGGCAGACUUAUUUACUUUGUCAGUAUUAUUCAAGGAUACUGAUUGUUUACAGUUCAUGUGUUCCACUGAAACAAAAUUGAAAGUAUUCACUGCAACAUUUCUUGUUUGUACAGCAGACGUGGCUCAAAUAAUGUGUAUGUUUUAUAUUCAAGAGUUCAUUUUUAUUAUUUACAAAUAAAAGACUGUGUGGAAGAA